AUAUAAUAUAUGUAUCUCCAGUCCGCCUCACUAGUCGCUUUCUUUUUCUCCUUCAAGUUUCAGAUGCCAAUAGAAACAACGGCGACAUCGAAUCCAAAAUGCCGGCUCUCCCCCAAAACCCAAAUUCCUCCGCGCGGCUGUUGGCGGACAGCGCGGAGGCGGAGCGGCGACUACUGGAGGCGGAGGAGCGAUUGAGGGAGGCCAUAGAGGAGCUCCAGAGACGUCAGAGGACGGCGGCGAGUGGCCAACACCCGCCAUGCGACCACGCUGACGACUCCUGCGUGGCCAACGCCAUUGGUAAUCUUUGCCAAAGCUUUCUCCUUUCUUAUGGUGUUAGAGUGGGCAUCGGGAUUCUUCUUCGCGCUUUUAAGCUAGCCAGAAGACAGUCUUUUUCUUCGCUUCUUGAUCUCAAGCAACUUGUCUCUGAGAAAGAUUUGAUAGUAAGAGAAGAAGCAUGCCGUGUUGGUUUACUUUUUGGUGGCUUCACAGGAUCAUACCAUGCGCUUAGAUGUUUACUAAGAAAGCUGAGAAAGAAAGAGACACCAGUGAACGCAAUUUUAGCAGGUUCAAUUGCGGGUUUGUCUGUUUUGGCUUUAGAUGAUUCAAACCGAAGGCGUACACUUGCACUGUAUCUUUUGGCUAGAGUAGCCCAGUGUGCUUAUAAUUCUGCAAAGGCAAAAAAUAAGUUUCACUUAUGGGGAAGCCAUUGGAGGCAUGGCGACUCUUUGCUCUUUGCUUUAGCAUGUGCCCAGGUUAUGUAUGCCUUUGUAAUGCGUCCCGAGAGCUUGCCAAAAUCAUAUCAGGAUUUUAUUCAGAAGACUGGUCCUGUUGCAGCUCCUGUAUACAAGGCUGUAAGGGAGAACUGUAGAGGUAGUCCAGUGGAUGUUGCAUCUAUAUCCGCCUACUUAUAUUGCCGAGGGAAGACCAAUAAUGUGAAGUUGGAAGAGUUCCCUUCUAUUAUUCCUUGUUCUGUUAUUCAUCCAGACACAAAUUCUUGUCUAGCUCACAAUGCUAAUGCAGCUUCAGCUACAUUUAGGAAAACAUUUCCGCUAUACUUCUCUCUGACAUUUGUGCCAUUUGUUGUUCUGCACCUACAAAAGUUUAUGGAUACCCCUGCUCGUACCUUUUGGUUUGCUGUUAAAGGUGCUGUUCGAUCAACAACUUUCUUGUCUGCAUUUGUUGGAAUUUUUCAGGGGGUUAUAUGCGUGCAUAGAAAGAUUGCAUCAAAAGACCAUAAGCUGGUAUAUUGGGUUGCUGGUGCUAUAGCAGCUCUUUCUGUAUUACUGGAGAAAAAAACCAGACGCAGUGAACUUGCUCUAUAUGUUCUUCCACGAGCAGGAGAAUCAUUAUGGUAUAUUUUAGUAAACCGGCACCUGCUUCCUGAUAUUAAAAAUGCUGAGGUGGCCUUAUUUUGUGCAUGCAUGGGAGGAAUCAUGUAUUACCUAGAAUAUGAGCCAGAUACCAUGGCCCCCUUUCUUAGGGGCCUAAUCCGCCGCUUCCUGGCUAGCAGAAUAAGCAAUCCAGGCUCUUCAUCUAAUCGGACAGCUUCAUACACCUACUUGCAGACUCUUGAUGCCAUGAAUAAGCCACAACUACAGGACAACCGAGAGGUCGAAACUUCAACACCUAAACAAUACAACCUUGAAUCUAUACCGGGGCUCUAAGCAUGUUUUUGUUGCCUAUUAUAUCACUCUGAAAUUCAGUCAACCAUCCAUUCUUUGUAAUUUAUAUAUUCACUUUAUUGCUAAAAAUAUAGUAGUAGAACAUUAUACAAGGGGAUUAGUGAUGAUGCAGUGCCUGUUAAGGCAAAUAACUGAAAUAGAGGGAUUUAUUUGUAAUCCCGCUGUAGGUUCUCUGUACUCCACCACAGGAAGAUGUCACGGGGUCAUUACUCUCUCCCCCAUAAACCGACUUAUAGGGGUGUGCAGCACACCCGUUUAUAAGGAGCUCAGGACCUCUCGUUCUUGUCUGAUGUGGGAUAGAGGCACUUUCCUUGUGACACUCUCACCCACCCGAAUCGGCAACGCCCCCGUUGCUGUCGGUCACCCUGCCUACCCCAUUGGGCCUCACUGGACCAGUCCCACUGGGCCGGGCCCUUGGCGUGAGUCAGAACGAGGAUCGGUCUGCUUUGAUACCAUUUUGUCACGAGGUCAUUACUCUCUCCCCCAUAAACCGACUUAUAGGGAUGUGCAGCACACUCGUUUAUAAGGAGCCUAGGACUUCCCGUUUCUGUCUGAUGUGGGAUAGAGGCACUUUUCUUGUGACAAAGAGCCGUUGUUAUUGAAGAGAUAUUGAACGCGAGGAAAUGAUAUGUGAUGCUAAAUGUAAAGAUUGUGCAAGGAUUUGCCUUUGCCCUCUCUAAAUAAUCUCAGUUGCAGUCUAUUCCACUGAUCAUUUAGCUUAACAACGCAAGCUUUU